UUUUCCACUUUGAACGGCUCUAGUGACGAGUGGCGAUUGGCUAAUGUCGACUGACUAAUGGUAGUCAAAAAAUUUGACGUUGAGUUUGCGUAACCCAUCAAAACAAAACAAGUUAGUUGAAUCUCUACAGUAUCUUUGUAGACUAGAGAAUUAUUUCAGUCAAAAUUCGUAAAAUAAAUUUGAUGGGUUGACUCAAUUUCCCUACAGGUAUCAAAUUCAAAGGAAUGAUCAAUCGAUGAUCUUCCCGAUAGACUAUCAACAAAGAUGUUGCUCAAGAAGGUUUGGGAAUCUGUACUUUCAACCUCAACUUCAGGAAGAUUGAGCAGCGGCAGUAGAUGGUCUAAUAACAACAGUAACAAUAACAUCAUCAGUAGCAGUACCGGGGAUUUUGAUAGAAUUCCAGAUGAAAUUUUGGGUUUGAUUUUUAGAAAAUUGGGUCCUAAAGAGUCUGCUAAACUCUGCCUUGUUUGUAAAACAUGGAGAAAUAUUGUAAUUUCGGAUAAUAGGCUUUGGAUUCAUUUCUUUAAGACUACCCAGCUUAAUUUCUGGGAUUGGGAUUCCAUUGUUUUUUCUGAAACUCUUUUGAAUUCUAAUCCUAAUCCUGAUUCUGCUGUUUUUUACUCUCAACCUGCUGUUCAUGAUCAUCAGUUGUCGCUCAUCAAUAUUUAUGGCCUACGAGCUAAAGUUCCGGGUGCUCUUAUUGUUGAUGGUGGUUCUGGUUACUGCAAGUUUGGGUGGAGCAAGUAUCCACGACCAUCAGGAAGAUCCGCGACCUUUUUGGAAUUUGGUAAUAUUGAAGCCCCUAUGUAUUCCAGGCUUCGUCAUUUUUACUCCACUAUUUAUACCAGGAUGCAGGUGAAAUCUACUAGUCAACCCAUCGUUGUUUCCAUUCCUAUCUGUCAUUAUGAUGACACAGAAUCUGCCAAAGCAUCUAGAAGGCAGUUAAAAGGAGCAAUAUAUUCAGCGCUUUUUGACAUGAACGUGCCUGUUGUUUGUGCAAUUAGUCAGGCUACAUUAGCAUUGUAUGCUGCAAGAAGAACUUCAGGGAUAGUGGUUAACAUCGGUUUCCACCAAACAUCUGUUGUGCCAAUUCUUCAUGGAAAAGUAAUGCGGAAAGUGGGAAUUGAAGUUGUUGGCAUGGGGGCUUUAAAACUUACUGGUUUUCUUAGAGAACAGAUGCAGCAACAGAACAUUUCUUUUGAGUCCUUAUACACUGUUCGUGAACUAAAGGAGAAUCUUUGCUAUGUGGCUCUUGAUUAUGAUGCUGAAUUCUAUAAAGAUUCACUACAGUCCUAUGAAGUUCCAAGGGAGGGUGUGUUUACGCUGUCUAAAGAGCGCUUUCUAACUGGAGAGAUCUUAUUUCAGCCCCGAAUUGCUGGAGUACGUGCGAUGGGAUUGCAUCAGGCAGUUGCACUCUGUAUGGACCAUUGCUAUGCUGCUGAACUGAUGAGUGACGAUAAUUGGUUCAAGACGGUGGUUUUAUGUGGAGGAUCUGCUUGCUUACCGGGACUUGCUGAAAGGCUAGAAAAGGAACUACGUGAGCUUCUUCCUCUAUACUUAUCAACUGGAAUUAGAGUAAUUCCUCCACCUUAUGGUCUAGAUUCUGCCUGGCAUGGGGCAAGGCUUAUAAGCAAUCUGAGCACCUUUCCAGGAGCAUGGUGCAUGACAAAAAAACAAAUGAAGCAGAAGUUGCGGAAGAACCGAUUAGUGUUAGGAUGACAUCAAGAUUAACUUCAGUGAAGCUGCCUCAUGUUUCUCGUCAUGCAUGAGCUACUUGCUACUUGCUACUUGCUACUUGUGUCUUAUGGAUCAGUUUGCUCAUUUCAAUUCUACAAAUGGUGUGUAUUAUAAUUAUAAGUUAUGACCUUAAAUUAUACCAUGUCUAUAUGGAUGCAUUAAUGCGUACAAUAAGAACAGGCACAUCCACAUGUAAUUUAUGAAAUAAUAUGAAUCAUAGAAUUAAUAAGAUCGUUCUUACAACAAAGAUUUACAGAUCUCAGAAAAGGGAUAUGCCGCAGAGAAACAAAAGAGCGAAAGAAAAGAGGCAGAGUUGAGCUACAAUUGGAGCUGGAGCAGCAGAGGGAGUGGGAGCAGGAAUGACAGCGGACUGAGCCUCGGUACACUCGAGACCACGUUUACUGUCACGACACUCAUUGGCGAAAAGACCUGGGGGAUAAUGGCCGUUGAGGUUGAUAUAACUGAACAUGGUGGUGGCACAAUUGUUGGUUUGAUCGUUCAAUUGAACAGCAUAAGGGCAUGCUAAAUCCUUGAAAGCUUCACAGCAGAUUUUGGGAGGAUAUCUGGGUCCUUUGCAUCUGCUGGUGAUGAUUGUGUAGUUCAAGUUCUCAAAAUUGACCGGGCAUCCUGCAACCAACCAAGGAAUCUCUAUUACUCUGUCAUAAACACUAUCACUAUUCACUGUACAAACUACUAAGAAUGACUAAUCUUUUGCUCUCUAACACUCACAUAGUCACAUAACAUCCGCCACUCACCAGCACUCCCAAUUCUCAAAUUAAGAAUCUUGAAUUUCUGCCCA